AUCAUUUCUAUAUUCUUUUUCUCCGUGCUUUUUGUGUCUACUUUAUUCUGCAAUGUAUCGGCAAACCGCUGCUUUUUGAACACAAGGGGAGAAUGGAAAACGCUAUGACUAAUUGUCUGAACUGGGCUCCCUGAUGGGCUUUCCAAUUCACAUUUUCACCCCUUCCAUUGACCCUCAAUUUAGGUCGGUCUGAAUUGAAUCCCAUUGUCACUUGUAUAAUUGGGGUUUUGCGGGGGUUCAGUGAAAUUGGGAUGCCCAUUCAAGUGAUGUCGAUUCAGUUGCUGUUUUUGGCCCUUUAGUGCUACGGCAAGUCGAGUAAUUAUGUCAUAUUAGGCAAUGUGUGAUACUGCCUCAGAUGGUCUGCUUAUGAUACAAUGAUGGAAGGUGUUACAUUGUCUCAGCAACACAAUUAUCAGCAGCAGCGGCGGAAAUACAGUAAUGGAAGGAACAAUGCUGAUCAGAUUGACAUUAAUUCUCAGCGACAACAAGAACAAGAGGAUUUGGCCGAAGACGUCAAUGAUAUCGAAUUAGGACGGGCCUUUGAUCUAAAUACUCUUGAACGCAGACUGAGUGACUGUUUUGGGCCUUUGCGAAAUCUCUUUAAAGGGCAGUACUAUUGUGAAAACCAAGGGCCAAAGUUUGGAAAUUAUGGCUCCUUUUUACCAAUAAGAGAACAUAAUCCUCAAACACCUAAAGAACAAAAUAGUUCUGGGCAAGUGCAUAGUUACAGUUCCCAACCAACUGCAAGUGAGAGGGCUGUGGAGAAAUCUGCUAGGUUGGUAAUCACAGAUGGACCCAGGAGAAGGGGUUCAAUUGCUUGCAGAAAUCCAUCUCUUAAUGAUAACACAUUGCAUGGGUUUACAGAGGAAAAUUUGGCUCUAAAUGAUGUUAAGUUUGAUGGAAUCCUCUCUGUGGAAAAAAUGACUUCAAAUGGUGUCAAAUUGCGUUUCAAAUUUGGUUCUGAUAUCAUUUCCCACCAAAAAAAUACAGCAAUUUCCACUGGCUUGGGCCUUAAAAAUUCAUCUUCAACAUCACCAGAAGAAACUCUCAAUAAAGGUCAGAUGGUUGCCACUGGAGUGGAUAGCCCUCCUGAUAUGAGUCCCUUAUCAAUUAUUCAAAUUAUGACAUCAUUUGAAGUGCCUGGUGGUUCUCUCCUUUCACCUCUUCCAAAGAUAUUAAUGGAAGGACAAGGAAAGGAAGACCUGUCUUCCAAAGUUAUUAAAAGAACAUCAGGGAAAUCGCAGGUAACUGAAGCUUGCUUAGCAAAUAGUAUUGGCUUUGAGUGUGGGAAAGGAAUUCAAGCUCCAAUACCAAAAAAAGAUACCACUGCUAGCAUAUUUGAAUCGAAAAAAGAGCAAUAUUCUGAAUUCAGAGGUGAUAAAGUGAAGAAAGUAAAGACAGAUACUGGAACAAAGUUCAGAGUAUCUAAAGCAUCUGAUGUUUUAGUGUCAAAGGAUUCAUCAAAACUCUCAAUGAAGGAAUUGCAUCAAAGAAAGCCAGAGAUGGGAAUUGCUCAUGAUGUGGAGACAGAUAUUCAUAGGGUAAGGAGUUUAAUACCUAAAGAACCCAACAAUUUAGGUAAUGGGAAGGAUUUCAGUGCUUGUCCAUCAAAAAUUGGAAGUUUGGAAACUGCUGCUGCUAAACAUCCUAGUAUGCUGUCUAAGACAGGAAAGGGGUCGUUGUCAGGUGGGGUAAAAGAGUCACAUAAAAUACAAAGAGAGGGGCAAGCAAUAGAAACCAGAAAGGAGAAUGGCCAUAAAGAUGUUGCUAAUGUAAGGAAGAUUAAUAAGUCACUCAAGGAAGUGAAUAAAGUAGGUUUGUCAGGAGCUAAUACUUACAAGGAAAAGAAUGUGCUGGAUGAUGAAAAUAAAGGAGUUCCAAAAGAAAUGGUUCUCAGACGUGUGGACACUCAUGAAAAGGUUGUUGUCAAUAUGGAACAUGUAAAGGACAUGGACAUGGAAAAUAAAAAAACAAAUGGCAUUAAUAUUUAUAAAAAAUCAAUGAAGGAAGAGAGCAAGGUAGUUACAAAAUCUAAAUUGAAGGAAUCAUUAACUGAAAAAUCAUGUGCUAGCAAAGGGCAGAAGGAACAAUCUAAAAACAAUAGCAAGGACUUACAUGGUAACAGUGCAAAAUGUACAGAUGAACAAUUUGUCUGCAAGAAAGAAAUCAACAUGGCUCAUUGCAAAGAGAGUAUAAAACAAGCAAGGUACAAACACUUUGAUAGAGAAAUUUCAAAUGGAAUUGAAAGGGGAAAGAGAAGGGAUGUUGCCAAUGAACAUGAUUUGAAAAAAUUAGAGCUCGUGUCUACUAUCAAAGCUCAUGUCUUGAAAGUAGAUACGCAGUUGUUGCCACAACAGUCUGCAACUCAGGAUCCAGCAACCAACACUUCUGACUUUGAUGAUUGGGUGUUUUGUGAUGCAUGUGGGAAAUGGCGGUUACGCCCAAUCGGACUAAAGAUUUCUCCUCUACCUAAAUACUGGCUUUGCGAUAUGAUGUUUUGGCUGCCUGGGAUGAAUCAUUGUGAUGUCCCUGAAGAGGAAACAACAAAGGCAGUACGUGAUCAGAAUGCAAUUUCACAAACACAGAUACUUACAGAAACAAGUCAGGGGAUGGAUACACUUCCAGCUUCUGUCUCAACAGUUAUACUUGAUCCUAAAUCAUCAAAUCAGUUUUGGCCAAGAUCUUUACAGUCAAGUACAAAGAUUGGUAGUAAUAAGAAAGGUGUAGUGCAGAGAAGCAUGCCAAAUGUUUCCGGUGCUGUUAAGUUCUCGGAUUCUUUUGCAGGGAAGGAUGAGCACUUCCCUGUAAAGAAUAAAAGUGACCAAUAUGACAGGCAUAUGGAGCGAGAAGAGGGUGCUGUAGGUUUUUCACACUGUGAAGUUGGAGGGAAGUCAAAUGGUGUAAUCAAGCAAAAAAAUAAAGAUAAGGUGAAACUAAAAGAGACAUCUGGAGGUGAAGCCUGUGAAACUGAAGUAGGCCUCACACACACUUCAAAUGUAAAGCGUAAGAUGGAUAGCGAAUUAAAGAAGUGCAAAUCUGCAAAAAAGAUGAAGGCAAAAAACAAUUUAGUGCAUGAUGCCAAAGGGGUUGAUUCGCUGCCUCUGAAAUCAAAGAGAACAGAUCAUGGAUUCAAAAUUGCAACAAAUGAUGAAUUAACCAAAGAAAAUGGUGUGGAAAGUAUGAAUGGAGUUAAAUUUAAGGAUCAGCAGCAGGUAACCAAGAAAAGGAAAUUCAUGGAGCGGAAGGAAGGAAAGGCAACCCAUCAAGGGGUGCUAGAAACAAAUUGCAUGGUGGAUUGUGAAGUAGGGGAGGAAGAAGGACAACCUGAGCCAAAAAGAGUAAAAGCUUUAAAGACAGGGUCUAUUCAGCCUCAUGCAAGCAAAGGAAAUAAAGAUGAACAAGAACAGAAAAUGAAAAAUGUUUCAUCAAAUGUGGAAUGCAUGCUUCAUGAGAUAGCAGAACAUAGCAACCAACACUCAAAAGAGCAUGGAUUAAUGAAGAUGGUUUCUGAUCAUAGCGAACCUUUGAAAAAGGAGUCAUCUUGUUGGCCUCCAUUUCUUUCUUCUACAUCCAGUUCAUCUAAGUUUUCCUGCUAUACUAAGUCUCUUGGCACUGUACCUGAAAGACAAGGAUCUCCAUUAGAGUGCUCUGUUUCGUCACUGCCUGUAAGGGAUGUAAAAGCUGAAAAACCAUCAUUGGGUAGAUGCAGAAAUGCAAGAAAAGGUGACUUGAUAGAUUCUUGUAAUUUGAGGUUCUCUAGUCCAAAAGGAGGCAUAAUUGGUGAUGCACUAAGUGAUGAUUCUGGAUUUAUUAUGUGUACCAAAGACCCGUGUAAACCAUUAGGAACAAAUGAGAAGUCCAGGGUUUAUAAGUCUACGAGUAACAACAGUGGUGGAAAAGACAGUAAGCAGUUUACAAGCACAAAGCCAAGAGAUUCAUUUGUCAGAAAAUAUAAGCAAGGCACAUUUUCUUCUAAAGAUAGAAUGCCAAGGUCAUGUUACCUUCCUGAGAAAGAGAGGGAUUCACUUUGUUCCUUAGAGGAAAGAAAAGCUAUGGCUGAAACAGAUUCAAUUAAAGAUAAGUCUGACACUUCAACCCAUUCGGCAAAUAGAUCAGAAGGUAGAGGAGAUGACUCCAGUGUGGAUAUAUUUCUUUAUAAAGGCAACCGAGUGGAAGGAUCGUUGAUUGGUGCUUCUAGUGGUGAAUCUUCUAUAGUUCGUAAACAAUCAGACACAUCUCAGAAGGGGACUUUAUGCUCCCAACUAAAAUCUCCGAUGUGGAAAGGGUUUAUAGAAAGGGAUAUUGAGAGAGCACUUGUAAGUUCAAACAGGGAACAUCAGUCACGCAUGGCAAAUGCAGCUUUAGAAGAAGGCAGGGAUUUGGAACAAAAGGCAGACAGGCUUAAGAGCAAUGGAGGCGAUGAACUUGAAGUCAUUGGUUUCUACUUCCGUGCAUCUUUAAAAUUUCUGCAAAGUGCCUCAAUUUUAGAGCCGUUGAGUGCUGGUAGUGUGAGGCACCAGGAAAAUAAAUCUAUGGCUUUGUUCACAUACUCUGCUAGUCUUUCUGAGGAUUGUGCUAAGGUGUAUGAACGAAAUGGAAAUUGGGCAGCUGCUACUCUAGCUUACCAAUGCACAGGAGUUGCACAUAUGCAUGUCGUAAUGGCCAAGACUCUGUCUAUAAGCAGGGAGAGACAAGAACUUAAAUCAGCUGCUGUUUUGGUUCCAACGGGUGAAUCUCCUCGUUCAUCAGCCUCUGAUGUUGACAACUUGAAUAGCCAUGCAUUAGCAGUCGUGAAUCAAGAAAAAGGACUUGCAUCUCUACAUGCAUCAGGCAAUUAUGUGAUUGAUACACAACACUGCCAACAAUAUAACCGCUUGUUACAAUUUGUUGACGAUACUAAUGCAGCACUUGCAGCUUUUGCAAAAGCAAAUUGUGCUUUGGCUGCUGCUAGUGAUUCGAGUUACAGAGAACAUGAAAUAUCUGUGGUGAAAAAGGCUGUCAAUCUGAACUUUCAUAAUCUUGAUGGACUGCUCAAUCUCGCAAUCCCUGUAAUGGAAUCUGCAUCUUUAUGUUGACACCUAUAACAUUAUCUAUUGAAUUGAUUGGCUUCAACAACAAAUUUUGCAGAAAUAAGCAGGUGUGCAAACAUGCCAAGUUAACUACUAAUACGUAGCUGGUUAAUAUUCCUUUAUCACUGGCGGUUGGAUUAGGUCUUAUUUUAAUGUGCCUAUUCCUCAAGAUUUCUAGCCAUUUUAUUUUAAGCCAAUCUACAAAUGCCAAUACAGUUAACAGAUUCACUUACAAAUAAUUGUGAAUAUUAGGACGGUUUGAGAUCAAUAUAUUUUGUAAAAAUAUUUAACUCUACUUCCGUAAGAGAAGGAACUCUGUAAGAUCUGGAUGGACAUGAACAAGGUGUCAGGGUUGUGCAAAAAUUCAAGUUUAUGCAUCAUGCAGUUGUAAUUUUCUCAACGGUAAAAUGCUGAAUAACAUAUAUUUUAUUGAUGCAGUUUUGGUAA